GGUCCGUCUAUCAAAUCCCUCCGUCGCCAACGCGUGUCGCCUGUCGUCUCGUUUUGGAUGUUGCGUGUCCGCAUGAUCGCGCUGAACUUGACCAAAAUCGUACCCAAAGUGAACUCGAACUUCCCGGCGGGUGUUUCGCGGCUGUUCGGUUUUCGGUCCAGCUGCUGCCGCGGACGCUUCGCGGACGUUACUCGCGCGGCGCCGCGUCACAUGUCGAGUUUGCCGAAGAGAGUCCGCGCGGAAAACAUGAGCGUCGUUAAGAUCGGAACUCACAACGGCACCUUCCACUGCGACGAAGUUCUCGCCUGCUUCUUCCUGCGGCAGCUUCCCGAGUACAAGGAUGCCGAGAUCGUUCGCACCAGGGACCCGACGAAGCUCUCCGAGUGUGACAUCGUUGUAGACGUUGGAGGAGAGUUUGACCCAAAGAGGCAUCGCUAUGACCAUCACCAGAGGACCUUUGCAGAGAGCUUCCACAGCCUGUGUGCAGAGAAGCCGUGGGUGACCAAGCUCAGCUCCGCGGGCCUCGUCUACCUGCACUUUGGCCGUCAGCUGCUGGUGCAGCUGACGCAGCUGCAGGAGGGCGACAGGCAGCUGGAGGUGCUCUAUGACAAGCUGUACGAGAACUUUGUGGAGGAGGUGGACGCCGUAGACAACGGCAUCUCCCAGUACGACGGAGAGGCCCGCUACUCGGUCUCCUCCACGCUGAGCGCGCGAGUCGGCCACCUGAACCCGCGCUGGAACAGCAAGAGUCAGGACACCGAGGAAGGUUUCAGGAAGGCUCUGAAGAUGGUCGGGGAGGAGUUCCUGGACCGCCUGGAGUUCUACCGCUCUGCCUGGCUGCCGGCUCGUGCGGUGGUGGAGGAGGCCGUGAAGGGCAGGCAUCAGGUGGAUCCCAGUGGAGAGGUGCUGUUGUUCUCCCAGGGCGGCUGUCCCUGGAAGGAGCAUCUGUUUUCCCUGGAGAAGGAGCUCAAGGUGGAGACGCCCAUCAAGUUUGUCCUUUAUCCCGACCAGAAUGGACAGUGGCGGGUCCAGUGUGUCCCCGCUGGGCUCAACACCUUCCAGAACAGGUUGUCCCUGCCCGAGGAGUGGCGCGGUGUCCGGGACGAAGCGCUGUCGGAGCUCAGCGGGAUUAAGGGCUGCAUCUUCGUUCACGCCGGAGGCUUUAUUGGCGGGAACAAGACCCAGGAAGGAGCCCUGGAGAUGACCCGGAGGACCCUGCAGGCCGCCGCCCGGUCCCCUGCAAACGGAGGCAGCUGAAGGUUCAGAGAGGACACAUUUUGUUCUCGGGAUCCGUCUUUGGAGAGAAUGGCCAGGAUUCAAAUGUUUAUUUGCUAUUUUGCAACUUGUUUGUCCCGGCUUUUCGGGGCUAAUGUUGUUUUGUUCUGCCGUGCCGGGGCGGGGAUGCUGUGUAAAUGGGAGCCAAAUAACCUUGGACUUCUUCCCAAAAUAUUUGCCGUAAUUUCCAACACAGGCGAGCUCUGAAUCAUAAUAUUGGCUCAUGUUUUCUCGUUUUCCAUUGUUCUUGUUCUUGUGUCAAUUAAAGCCUGUUUGGAUUAAAAA